AUGUCGGCAAACAAUUCUCUGGAAAUCACACUCCGUCCUUAUAGGCCCUCAGAUGCUGAGGACUUCUUGACGUAUGCCGGUGAUGAAAACGUAACACAAUUCACUCGUUGGAACACAUUCACCUCUAAGGAAGAAGCACUUUCCUACAUCAAGGAUUUUUGCAUCCCUCACCCUUAUUGCAGAUCCAUCUGCAUCCAUGACCGUUCGAUCGGAUUUCUCUUCAUCAAGCCACAAGGUGGUGAUGACAAGUGUCGAGCAGAGGUGGGAUACGCGUUAGCUGCUGAGUAUUGGGGACAAGGCUUAGCAACCAGAGCUGUGAAGAUGGCCAUAAGUGAUGGGUUUAAAGAGCUCACUGAUUUGGUCAGAAUGCAAGCUCUGGUUUUGGUGGAGAACAAGGCCUCCCUGAGGGUGUUGGAGAAACUUGGGUUCUACAAGGAAGGCCUCUUGAGGAAGUAUACUUUUCACAAAGGUGCAGUUCAAGAUGUUUUCAUGUAUAGUCUUCUGUCCUCUGAUUCUAUGCCUUGA